AUGAGGACGCCAGUGAUUGCAGUUUGGGCAGCAGUGUUGCUCACUUACGGAGUCUCUACAGGAAUUGCAAUGGACCCUAAAGCCGGGGCUGGGCCCUCGGCUGGGGCAGAAAAGAGUCUAAAACUGGACAUGGCUCCAGACUCUGUUGACGACAUGUACGACAGCUGCAAAGAUGAAAUGUACCCGAAGCUCCAAAAAUACCUGGAGAAUGAGAAGAAAACAAACCAAACAUUCAAAAAAGCCUGGGAGAGCUCAGAGCAAUACCAACAAAACCAUAAAAACUUGAAGCCACCUAAUAUGAAGGAACAACAUAUUGUAGCUAUUCACUGUUACACCAAUAAUGAGAAUAAAGUGUAUCUUGAUUUCAAUACUGCAGUUCGAACCCAGGGGCCUAAGUACAACUCCACAUUCAGGUAUCACGCACUUCACUUUCUCCUGACCGACGCCAUUCAAACUCUCAAAGGAGAAGAAAAAGUCCCAUGCGUCACUGUCUACCGCCGUACUAGAAGCACUUUUAAGCAAGAUGUCAACACGGAGAUUCGAUUUGGCUCUUUUAUCUCAACCUCAAUGGGUCAGUACGCCAACAAAUCUUAUGGAGAGACGACGUGCUUUAAGAUUGAGACGUGCUUUGGAGCAGAUAUCUCCUCAUAUUCUGCACAUACGGAUGAACGCGAAGUGCUGAUUCCUCCCUACGAGGUCUUUAAAGUGGUAGGGGUGAAGAAGAGUCCUAUGCAUAAGGAUCUUCCAUGUGAGGUGGAAUAUGAACUCAAAAGUACAAAUAAACCUGUCUCCAAUUUGAAUUGUGCUCUUAUUAAGAAGUAA